UCUAAUACACAUACACACCUUCUUCUUGCGCCACUGUACAUUUACUUCCUGGAUCACAUAUUCAAUCCACACUCUGGAAGUUAGGAUGGGCUGGUUUUGGGCAGACACAACACCAUCAGCAUCGCAGGCCCCUCACCCUCUGCCUUCGCGAUCAGAUGCGCAACCACCGCCAUCAUGUCCUAUGCAUAGCAAAAUGCCUUCCAGGUCUUCUACGCUACCCCCGACGACAAAGGAUCGCCCUAGCGCAUGUCCAAUCAAACACGAUAAUGCCUCAGCCACCCAAGUACAACCGAAAGACACGCCCUCAUACAUCUCUAAACUCAAUCCACUGAACUACAUGCCCGAGCUGGCCAACAAACGUGAGCAUGGUGAGCAGAAGAUCAAUCUCCCGCUAGACAGAGAGGCUUCGAGUAUACCGCGCGGUGACGGGCAGGGCAAUUGGGAGUACCCAUCUCCACAGCAGAUGUACAAUGCCAUGCUGCGGAAAGGCUACACAGAUACGCCUGCCGAGCACGUAGAGAGUAUGGUGGCAGUACACAACUUUCUCAACGAGGGCGCAUGGGAGGAGAUCCGGGCCUGGGAACAUCGCUUCAAUCAGGGAUUGCGCAAGGGCUGGGAGUACUGUGCUAGAGGAGAGGAGAACUAUGCACAGAUGGCAAUGCGGGAUGAAUUACGGCGUCGUAAAGGCGAGGAAGCGCCAGAACCAAAGCUCGUGAGGUUUGAAGGGAGGCCAAAUGAGAUGACGCCCAAGGCCAAGAUGUUGAGCUUCAUGGCCUGGCUGUAUCCGAGCCAGUUUCCGGAUAACCCGCCUUUUGAUCGACAUGAUUGGUAUGUGGAGAGGAGCGGGCCAAAUGGACAGAAACAGGAGAAGCGAUAUAUCAUCGAUUACUACAGUGGUCCACCAGAGCCAACGGGCGAACCAGUGUUCUAUCUAGACGUACGACCAGCAGUCGACGGACCUACAGCUGCCUGCGAGAGAAUGCUUCGCUGGGGCGGUGAUGUCUGGUGGCGGGCCAGCGGCGGUAUCGCGAGAGAAGAACUUGCAAAGCAGAAGAAGUAAGCAUGUCAAGAUAGAAAGGGGAAAGGUGCAUUGAAAGAUGUGACGCAUUUUAUGUGGAUAACUGUUAUGUAGAGAGCGUGGAGUCUGGUGUUUGGGUUUACACAUUCGCGGACGACGAGAGCUACGGCAUCGUUAGUUACCGCUCGGUCAAAGGAGACUCGACUCUAUCUGUACAUAUGUACAUGGCGCAAGUGGCAUAGGAAGCGUGGCGCACUUCACACGGCAUAAUGAAGCACAGUGAAUGACCUCUC